AGUAAUUUCCUAUUUUACAGACCAACAGACGGCAUUAAAAACGUUUGUAAAAAAAAGAGAAACAGACGAUAAAUCGAAAAAUCCAAACAGUAUAAACAUUUAAAUCCCUAUUUUUAUCAUCACCCUCCCACCAGAUUAUGAGCAUUGUUGACUUUGAAAUUGAUGAAGUACGUAAGCUCUGUGAAAAUGUUGUGCCACACUCUAAAAUAAUUGCCUGUACCAAAGAUCCCGCAUUGUUGCGUGUCGAUAUUCAGAGCAACCAAUAUUAUCGUCAAUUUACGGUGUGCCUUCGUUUCCCCUCGGAAUAUCCCAAACAGUCAGUCUUGAUUGAACUAAAGAGUAAAACUUUGUCCGAAAAGUUUUUACAAGGCCUUACGGGCUUAUGCGAGCGGCAGGUAAAACAGGAGUACUUGGGAAAACCACAUUGUAUUAAAGUUCUUCAGUUUUUGCAACAAUAUGUUAAUGACAAUCCCCUGUGUGUUUGCUUCGACGAAAUACAACAGCUGCGGAAAGAUUUGGGGGAGGAUGCAUCAACGGACCAGCUUAAGCUGAAACAGAAGUCAAGUUGCGUUCAUUUCACUGUUAAAGGAGGUGAAUAUUACUAUCGCGUGAAGGCGGUAAUUCCCGAUGACUAUCCCCUUCAUUGUGUAGAUCUACAGCAACAAGAAACCAAUCUACCCGCGGUUUUGCUGCGUUAUCUCAAUGGGCAGUCACGUGAAAUUGCCCGUCAAUGUGUCGAACCACCCUUACGCAUGCCAAAGGGGAAGACAGCAGCAGAUUUUCAACCUGCACCCUCUCUUUAUAGAACUUUAAAGUUUUGUCUAGAGGCCACAAGAGGUUUUCACUUGGAAGAAUGUCCCAUCUGUGGAAAAUUAGUUUUGCCUCAAACCCCUGCCGAACUCGAAGCAGAUGACAAUAAAGAUGCCUUUGUUGAACGUGUGUAUUGUGGUCAUCUCUUUCAUCAAGGAUGUUUGAAAUUGUACCUAUCGGAACCGCCCUUUCCAAAGGGUGGAAAACUAUGCCCGGCAAAAAGUCGUCAUUUGCGUACCGAUGCCACAUACUAUAUGGGUGGAGGCAUGCAGGGAUCAAAAAUCCCAACAAUUCUACCCGACAAGGGAGGAGCAUGUGGCAUACGUUUAGCUCAUGAUCGAUGGGUGGUUAAUGUGAAGAUGGCAGAAAGUAGAUGGGCACAAAAACAGGCACGCCAAAGAGAGCUAGAGGAAGUGGUGGACUUUUUAAAAUGAACCUGUGGAUCAAAUAUUUGCAAUAUUAAUAUACACGUGUAUUUUUGCUUUGAAACUAUUUCACUUCUAAUUGUUAUUUACAAUACUAUGGAAAUAAAGAAUGGGAAUUUGA